AUGGUUGGUUGUGAUGGAAUAGUUUGGUUGGGGUUUAAAGCACCGAUUUCUAUGAAAAACAUUGAUCCUGAUCAGAUUUGUUCUUGUGUGGGAAUCCCGUUGUUUCGAGAAAUUCCCAUUCGUGGCACUGCUUUUCGUACACCUCCACGUGGAACAUCUCCUUCGGAAUUCUCUCCAUCUGCCUCCGACGAUCCACCAUCAUCGUCCAUCAUGAGUGACGACCGCUGGCUAUCGUCAUCUCGUUUGCCUUUCAAUGGCCUCCCACCCAAAUUUCGGUUCCGACUUGUCGGCCGAGCAUUUACAUCAACUCUUGCAAAUGCUCCAUCACUAACUGAAUCGUCUGUGCAUAGUUCCACUGUAGUCGUCACAAGCGUUGAAGAAGUCUUGCGCAUUUGGAGUCAACGAGUAGAGUGCCUGCCCGUUUCGGUUGUUCAUAGUCAUUCUACCGGUAGUAUUGUACAUCUGGUUCUGAGUUUGAGCAACAUCCCAAAGAUUGUUCGAUGUCAUGUGAACACUUCCGUCGUUGAUUUUGAUGAAACUUCGAUCUUUGCCAUCAGCAUUCCGACUAUUCCUCCAGUAACAGUAUGCAAGUACAAUAACCACAGAGAUUAUCAGCAAAGCAACUAUUACUAUAAUGGGAACGUGGGAUUUAUUGAUUAG